AGGACUGGUCCUAAGAGAGAACCAGGCUCCGCUGCCAAAGUGAGCGCCUGAGAAGGGCAGGGACUCAGUCUAGGCAGCCUAGAGGAGAGCGCAGGGGAUAGGGCAAAGAGGGCGGAGGCAUGGAAGGAAGAAGAGAAGGAGUAACCUCAGGAAUUCGUCUGGGCAAUGGUUCUUCAUUUCUCCUUUGUCGGUUAAGAAAAAUAGUCGUGAAAUAGAAGUUAAAACUUUUUUCCUACUCUGGUCCGCCCGACGAGCUCUCCAUUGUGAAUGCAGUUUUAGGCUGUCUACAUAGGCCAACUUAAAGUGAAGGCAGUUAUGUGCCCUUUUUUUUAAGCCCACAGAAUAAAUUAAUUUAUCUCAAUUUGGAAGUGAACUUAUCAGGAGAGAUGGUGUGGUGUUGGAUUUGUGAUCCAAAGACCUGAAUUCCUUCAUUAGGCUGCUGAAUCUGCUGUUUACUACCUGCCUGACUUGGGCAAGUUCCAGAAUUUCGAGCUAGAAGGAACCUUAGAAAGAAUCCAGAGGUAGUAGUAGAUGGUGCCUAACUUGGAGUCUGAAAAAUAAGGGAAAGGUUCAGUGUCUGCCUCUGGGGCACUAGCUGGGUGAUCGGGUACAAUUUAAUCUGAGAUUCAUUUUACUUAUUUAUAAAAUGGGGAUAAUAAUAUCACUGGAAUGAGAGCUUCUGGAGAACAGGGACUGUGAUUGUGCUUUUCUUCACAUCUCCAGGACCUACCACUGUUCCUGGCACGUAGAUGUCAACUCCAUCCAUAGUCCCACUGGAUUGACAUGGACGAGGCUCGUUCAGGCAGCUUGUAGCAGCCAGGAGCAGAACCUAGAAGCUUACUUUGAAAACAGUCAGCUGUAUUUCUGCCCCACAAGGAAGAUCAGCCAAAAUGAAGAGAUCUUUAUUUGGUAUGACGAAGAGCUUUCCUGCCUCCUAGGUUUCCAAGAUAUUAAAGCCAGACCUCUCCAUAAAGAUUACAGAUGCUCUGAAAUGCAACCAUACCUUCAAGUGUGAGCAUUCCUAUCUCUCGCACAUUCGCUUCCUGUGUUCUCCAGGGAAAGCCCCCUUGGUGAUGAGCCCUCCAGACCCCAAAGCUCCCCAUACCAGGGAUCUGGACCAAUCUACCAACUUCCACAACCUAGCCAGAGACCUGGAGGUCAAAAUGGCCACCCAGGAAAAUACUCUGCACAGCCCUUUGCCCGAAAAUAAGACACAAACCAAUGAAGCCGAGCAGAGCCAGGUCCAGAAAAUGGUGUUACUGGAGAAAACGAAUCACUUGAGGAAGAGACUGCCCUCUGUUCCCUGCAGCAGGGAGGAUGGAGGGGCUGAGCAUGUGCUGUCAGCUGCCAUAUGGAAGCUCAGCCCAGUGAAGCAGUCAUCCAAGAAAGCCCCCUGGGACCAGAAGCCCAGUGCUUUCACUGAGGUCAAGAGAUUAAAGGACAAACUUCGGAGUGAGAGAGCCAGAGAGGGGGAUCAAGGCCCUGGCUCAAACCAAGCUGGCAAAGAACAGCAACCAAUGGAUUGUGUCCUGAGUGGGGCAGGGAGUGCUUUCUCCUUUGUGUGGCCUGCCCGGGCCCUGGGCGAGCUUGGGAGCGCUUUCAGCAAACCAGUCAAGUGUCUGGCCCAGAGAAUGCCACUAAGCUCCCAGCUCCCAGUCAGCAACUCGGCAGAAGCCCUGGGGGAUCUGUCAGGGUUCAUUAACACCAUGGAUGCUGUGUGUUGUGGAAAUCUUUUGAAUUCCAAGUUUUCCAUCAGCGAUUUGUGCAACUUACAAAUGUUACAGGAGGGGGCCCCCCAGUGCAACACCUUCCCAUAUGCCUCGGAACUGUGGCCAAAGCCUGUAGCUCAGUUACACAUAUCUCCAUCAUCUGCCUCCUCCACCCCAUCUUCCCCAUCUUUGACGCUCUUGCCACCCACGUUCACAUCACUUGGCAUGGCUACCCAGAAUUGGUGUGCCAAAUGUAACCUCUCCUUCCGUAUGACAUCCGACUUGGUUUUCCAUAUGCGAUCACACCACAAGAAGGAAUACUCCUCUUCCGAGGUGCAGGCCAAGAGGAGACGGGAAGAGAAGCUCACCUGCCCAAUUUGCCACGAGUAUUUCCGAGAGCGCCACCAUCUAUCCCGGCACAUGACUUCUCACAAUUAGAGAUGCGGCCGUGGACCGAAUCAACCCCAUCCCACGUGCUACUUGUAUAACUCUGUUGCUGAAGGGAGGGAUGGUCUUUGAAUAACUUUAAAAUGACUAUUUAAAAUGACUGACAAUGCUGUCUCCUGGCUCAAAGAUGGGAUAUUUACAAAAGAUCAGAGAGGUUUGGUCUUAGUUUGAAAAAGACAACCAAUUCACAGAGUCACAGAGUUGUUGAGUUUAAAGGGAGCUUAGUGGCCAACCCUUACAUAUGAGUCCUUGUUAAUAUAUAUUUUUAAGGAAUGAAAAUAAUGAAAUGAAGCUAAGAUUAUUGUUAAUCCUCAAUCAUUGUACUUUUCAGACCUGUGUGCUGGUAUAAUACAGACUUUGUAACAUUUUCAAAGGUGUGAAUUGUUCAAACCAUCCAUACAGGAAAUAUCACCUCCAUUUCCAUUUCCUCAUAAGGUAUUAAAUUCAGACAUAGAGAGGGUAGAAAAACAGCACCAACUCUUCACCCCCCCCCAAAAAAAAACACGUGCAAAAAGUCUGAGGAAUAAAUGUACGUGGGAUGGAAGAAAGUUGUGAUUGGUAGUGGUAUAAAGAAAAAUGAAUCUCUUAGAGACUAGUUGAGUAUUCUCUUCCAGGGACAGCCCCUUCCAUUGGCAUAGGGAGACAAACUUCUUUCUCAACAACCUUGGAAAGCAAUACUUCACUCUACCCAAAGAGUUGUUUCAGACUCACAAACAUCCACUGUUGGAAUUACCAUGCUGCCUUUCUAUUCACAAUACCCUAGUUUUCCUAACUAGGGGCAUAUGUUCAGGAGGAGCAAAAUUACCCACAAUCUCUGUCUCAGGACACUGCCCUCUAUGAAAAUCAAACUGUGAACACAUGUUGGUUAAAUGGCUUUAUAUUUGCAAAGAUACAUGACCAUAAAGGAUCACUCAGAAAUUGAAAGGGGAGAGGAUUGAAGCAAAACAAAUAAAAGCAAGAAACCUGGCUAGAGAAGGUCCUUACCAUCUCAGGGGCUGGUCAGUGUCCAGAAGAAACAGGAGAUGCGGUUCCAACCAUGUUGGUAUCUUGCAAACUGUGUUGUUGCCCAAGUGGGGCCCAUUUCACUAUGAUCUCAGUGAAGUGUGCUCUGGUGCUCAAAUGCCUGCUUGUCUCCUGUCACGUUGGAAAAUCCUUUAGAACUUGCUGCCAUCCAGGUGUGUGCAUUUCCAAUAAUGUUAGGUUUAUGACGGGUGGCAUGUCUGCAGGCAGCAGCUGUAUGUAGCACAGGCAAAUGUGGGGAUUCUUUAAUAUGUUAUUUGACAUACUUUUCUUCCUUUAGAGAGCAAGACCCAUUUGAACCACUCACUGAGAUAAACCUUCAGUCAUUUAUAUUCUGGAUGGGGAAGAACAUAGGCUUUAUUGCAUUGUAGAUGACCGAGUAGUCCAUGAAAUUUUCCUAUUUAAUGUUGAAUUCAACUCAAUUCAUUUCAACAAAUGUUUAAGUUCCCACUUAAAUGCAAUGCAAGGAUACAUGACUGUACGUGAUCACCCAGAAAUGGAAAGGGAAGACGGUUGCAAGAGAAAUAAGUAAAAGCAAGAAACCUGGCUAGAGAAGGUCCUCACCAUCUACUGGGCUGGUCAGUGUCCAGAAGAAAUGGGGGAUGUGGUAGGCACUGUGCGAGGCACUGGGAGUACAAGGCCAAAAAUGAGACACUCUCUGCCCCUAAGGAACUUACAUUCUACUUAACAGGAAAGGGAACCUACUCAAUGCAUGCCCAGAUAAUUAAAUACAAAAUAUAUACAAAAUAGUACAAAGUAAUUUCAUGAAAGAGAGAGAUUUGGCCACUGAGGGGAUCAGGACAGGCCUCAUGCAGAGGUGAGGUAAGAAUGCAUCCAAAAACGCAGGCCCACUUGUACAAAAGCACAAAAGUGCCAUGUAUUGGGAGCAAUUAGGUCAUGCCUUCAUCCAAGAUACAUGCUACAGAGUGGUGCUGGUGUUUAUCACUUGGGGACACUGGUUUUAGUGCAGCUGGUUAGUUAUCAUUUAAGCAGAUGCCAUAUGAGCCUGUGGACAAAUUGUUCUCUCCAAGGCUAAGUCUAUUUCUAGGAGAAACAUUUAAGAAACUGUCAGAUUUCCUGAGUGCUCUAGGAAUUAAUCUGCUACAAUGUUACCAUGGCUGGUACUUUGACACAAAUAAAUUUCAGAACACAGAUGGCAAAUCUCAAACUUCAGUGCUUUGUGCAUUGGCCAAGAGGUGGUAGGGCAAUUUUAAAAUUGUUUUCUUUAAUAUUUUUAAAAAUAGUUGUCAGUUAACUUCAUGGUUUGUCACUUUGACUGACAUUAGUGUGCUGCUGGUAUAUGUUGAACCACCAGCUCCUCAAAAAAUUGUAUGCAUGAAACACUUUCUACUCUAAUAUGCAUUGUUAACAUUUUCUCCAUCACUUUCUUAAAUAUAGACU